AGAGAUGUGUGUGUUUUGGUCAAACGUAUUAAGCAGCAAAAGCUUGGCCUUUCCCUUUUCGUCUCUUCUCUCUGAUCUGAGUAUUAUCCUUUCAUUUCUUUAAUCUUCCUUCUUCUUUAGUUCAAUGGGCAUUUAUUUGUUCAUCAUACCAAAACAGGUCAACGAAGCUUCAUGUCUGCCUAUUUCGUUCUUGUUUCUUUAAGCUUUGAUUGAAGAUUCGUCAUUUUAAAUUCCCAAAUCUUUGCUUUUUGACUUGCCUUACACCAAAAAGAUUCAUCCUUUUGGUCUGAGCUCAAUCUAGUCCAAGAAAUAUCCACACUUCAGACAACUCUGUUCCUCGGAUCUGUUUUUUAAAUACCAAACCCAUAUCAAAAGUUUCGACAUUUGAGCUCUAAACGGAGUCAAAUCUUGAAUCUUUCUCUUCUUAACAGUUAUGGUAGUGGAAGAGCAAAACCUUGAAAACGGCGGAUCCGUACAUGUGGUCAAAGGAGAAAGCCAUUUCCGUAAUGUGGUGUGUGGUCCUGUGCGGUGGUUAAAGAUGUUAGCCUCAGAGCUUCACUGGAGCUUUGUGUUUGGUGUGGUCUCACUGUACGGAAUAAACCAAGGUCUUGGUGGCUCAUUGGGUCGUGUAGCUACAGAGUAUUAUAUGAAAGAUGUUCAAAAGGUUCAGCCAUCUGAAUCUCAAGCUCUCACUGCAAUCACUAAGAUUCCAUGGAUCAUUAAGCCUCUUUGGGGGAUUCUCACUGAUGUUCUUCCCAUCUUUGGUUUCCAUAGACGUCCUUACUUCAUCUUAGCUGGGGUGCUUGGAGUGGUUUCUUUGUUGUUCAUAUCACUUCAUAGUAAUCUACAUCUUUACUUGGCGCUUUGGUGGAUGACUAUAUCAAGUGCUGCAAUGGCCAUAGCAGAUGUGACCAUUGAUGCUUGCACUGCUUACAACAGUAUCAAACACCCUUCUCUUGCAUCGGAUAUGCAGAGUUUAUGCAGUUUAAGCUCCUCCAUUGGAGCACUUCUUGGUUUCUUUAUGAGUGGUAUCUUAGUUCAUCUUGUUGGCUCCAAGGGAGUGUUUGGCUUGCUGACAUUCCCAUUCGCGUUAGUAUCCGUAGUCGGGAUUGUGUUUAAUGAGCCCCAUGUUCCUGGUUUCUCUUACAAACAGGUAAACCAGAAAUUCACGGAUGCAGGGAAAGCGAUGUGGAGGACAAUGAAGUGCUCAGAUGUGUGGCGUCCGAGUUUGUAUAUGUACAUUUCCCUUACUUUUGGUUUGAACAUUCAUGAAGGUCUUUUCUAUUGGUUCACGGAUUCAAAGGAUGGUCCUUUGUUUGCUCAGGAAACUGUUGGUUUCAUUCUCUCAAUUGGUUCAAUCGGGUCGAUUCUAGCAGCAAUGUUGUACCAGCUAGUCCUAAAGGAUCAUCCGUUCCGUAGCCUAUGUUUGUGGACUCAACUUCUCUUUGCUUUAUCCGGAAUGCUUGACCUCAUUCUUGUGCUACGUCUCAACUUGAAAUUUGGUUUACCGGAUUACCUCUUCAUAGUAGUGGACGAGAUAGUUUCUCAGAUGAUCGGUCGCCUGAAAUGGAUGCCGCUACUCGUCCUCACUUCAAAGCUUUGUCCUCACGGAAUUGAAGGGACCUUCUUUGCGUUGUUAAUGUCAAUUGACAAUGCAGGCCUCAUGACCUCAUCUUGGCUCGGUGGAAUAUUGUUGCACGUCCUCAAGGUGACUCGGACUGAGUUUAGCAACCUCUGGCUUUCGGUUUUGGUCAGGAAUGUGAUGAGACUUUUGCCGCUCUGUUUUCUGUUUCUUGUGCCUAAGGGAGAUCAGAACACGUUCAAGCUACCGGAUGAGAUAAUGGGCGAGGAUUCGGAAGAAGAGGAAGACGAAAAAGAAGGAACUCGGAAUUUGGAGUUGGCAUCUCUUGUUCAGUCUGUUGACAGAAGAUAGCUUAUAGUGUUCUCAGUGCUCUCGUGUUAUAGUGUUUGAAGCAAAUGCUUCAGUUUUUCAGCAGCUUCUACAAAUUUUACUGGUGGAUAGUGAAAUGGCAUUACAUUUUUCUCUGAAUAGAUAAUAAGUUCAUGUU